GUUGACCAUCAAUUAGCAAUUCGCUUAUAUUUCGUACAUAAUGGCGCAGCCGAGCUACGAGUAUUCAGCACGAGGCGUUCUCGUCGGCCGUCACUUUCUCAGCGUGCCGCGCACCGACUGCCCGCGCACGUUGAGCGACGUCGCUCUCUGGCGGAGCGGAGUGGUGCGUGCGACCAACAGUGUUGAGACUCAAAACGUCGAUUUCGACAACCUACAGUUGCUACUCGAGUACAGCGACGUCGACUGGGCGAAGCGCGAGUGGGUGAGCGCAAACGAGCAGACGGCGACGCUCUACGUCGAGGACCGACUCGUAUGGGGCCGCAGACCGCCGGAAACCGGACACCGAGAGAACAAGGACAUUCGAUGGCCGACAGUUUUGUAUCGGAGCAUGUUGGACGAGCGUCAGCUGGUCGGUGGUGGAAAGCCGGGAGUUUUUAUGGGGGACGGACAUCGUAUGAUUUUUACACUUAAAGACGUGAAAGAGUUUAGGGAGACAGAGAUUGAGUCCUGCUUUCUGAAGAUGGCGGCGUUCUCUGCACCGUUGCUCGAGUGGCGGCGAGCUGAGAAGACGAGAGAGUUGUUGAUCAGUGGGAAGUUUGACUUGCGAGGGCAACGUGUGCGUGUGUAUCGAACGGAGGUGACUCAAUGGUUUACUGCCUCAGUUGUUGAUCAAGACCUCAACACAAAGACGUUGACUGUUCUUGAAGACACGAUACUACAGAUGCGUCACCCGCAUCCAGCUCAAGUCGAAGUCCACCUACUGGAACUCGACGGCAUUCUCCCGGAAUUUUCAAGACUCGCAACGGUUUCUGCGUUUCGGCCGGUCGUCCGACGACGACAUCACGCAUAUCACCCUGGCUCCGGUACGCCGUCUCUCGCUCUGUCCGAAGUUGACGUGGGCGACUUGAGCAUUUGGAAACGUCGAUUGAGACAGCACACGCCACCCAUUCCGGUCCAUUCAAUAACCGCGCCGAUGUCGACGAGGAUGGUUGCAGACUACGCGAAGAACGGUGUGACUUGGGAUGUAAGAACUCACUGCGCUCUAUCGAUUAUUCCGAUCACAUCGCCACCAAGCACACCGUCAGUUUCAUCGCCAGUUCCACCUUCAGUAUCGUCGUCACCACUAUUUCAGUCUCAGCAUGUCAGCAACAUUAUGGAACAACAAAUCGAGGUCACGUCGCCGGUAUCAACCAAUAGUAGAAUGACAGGAGAGAGGCAAUUUCUCACGUCCAGUUCAUACCCUUCUGUGAAAUUGAAUUCAUCUCCGACUCAUCCGAUGGCCUGUCACUUACAUUCUCUAUCGAGCCGAACUAAGAGUACGUCAACAAUUCAGAAAAACCGACAGCAUCAACAUCGUUCGUUGAAGUCGCGAAGUAAGCCACACCAAAGCAGCAAAGUCUCCUCGUCAAAGACGAUACUGGCCGUUGGUAAGCCGAGGGACACGGAAGAGGCGGACGUUGCCGGUGUGUUAGCCAGCAUGGCAGCAUUGACCAGCUUGUCUAACACGAGUAAUCUAACCACACAGUCAAGAAACACCACACAAUCAAGAGCCAUCACAGAAUCAAGAGCCACCACACAGUCGGAUGCCACGAUGCAGUCACGAGCCGUCGUACAGACGGUUGAUGUAGCGCAGCCGAGAGUAAAUCACCACCAAUUUCAUUCGGUCAAGACGAUUCUCGGAAACGAACCGGAAGGAAACAGUGUAAAUCAGUUGGGCAAUUUCUUUGAAGCUGUUGUUGCAUGUCGAAGCGAGCCGCCUCUGUCAUCUAUGACGACGUUCCCGACGAAGGACUCCGCGGCUGUACGAGACGACAUUUCCGUUUCGAUGCCCAAUCAUUUGAGCAAUCGUCUGGAUCCGCUACCGUCAUCACUGCUGUAUAGACAUCGCCAAGAAGCUUUACAUCAUGCUGCUACUCCGUUGUUACUGGAACUUGACGGUGAGACACGCAGACACCCGACGCCGAGAAAGAAGUCGUCACCUUUGAAGUGUUCACCUUCGGCAUCCAGUCCACCAAUUCGAUCUCCAACUUGUCAAGUGAACAUGCAGACAUCAACAAGGCCGUCUCAACUGGCCGCUUCUCCUGCUGCUGAAGUCUCAACGUGUCAAAUUGAGACUAGGAAAGAGAAUCACGUACCUGUACCCUCUACUACCUCAGAGACCGUUGAAGCUACAUCGCGACAAUUAGAAAGCUCGGAACGUGUCUCAAUGGCAUCACUCAAGCUCUCAUCGUCGUCUGUUGCGUUUCCAAGUCCGCCUCAUCGUCAUAUCGACAGUCCGAGUCGUGGAGCACACGAAGAGAUGUCUCAGUCUGCAGCGAAACGUAAGAAAGUCGUACGAGGUGACGGGACUGAAAAUGAUGUUGUUUCUAUCACGCCCCUCUCGCAUGUCACCAUUCCUCCUUUGAUUAUGGCCGAUCCGGAAGCGGCUCGCAUUAAAACCGUCUCUGCUAAUCCCGUCGGAAUGUCAUCAACGUCGGUUCACAGUGUCGUCAAAGACGUGCAGCCGGCGUCGACAGACGGGAGCGAAACGACAAACCAAGUUGGUCCCCACACUUGUUUGCUCUCUCAAGGUUUCAGAAAUGUUAACACAGAUUCGUGGCUGAGUGCCGGAUCGCGUGCAGACGGAGUUUGUUGUGAUGUUGUGACGCCGGCGUGUGGGAUGAGAGCGAACGCGUUGGAAGACAACGUGAUUCGUUUUCAGCGUCGCUACUCGAAGUUCAAACGUGCGACGAAGGAGUGUGUUCGUCUGUUGGAGGCGACGAGGACGGCGGAGACGGAGACAGGACGGUACGUCUGGCUCGGGUCCGUGCAGGGCAUGCGGCUCAUUAUUGAUGCGACGGAUCGACUGGCGAGAAACUUGCAAGGCGUGAAAGCUCUAUUGCAGGAGUCGGUCGAUGCCGUGUGUUCGUCUCACGUGGCAGUGGAGAGAGGGAUACUGCUGCCACCUUUGCCACCCGUGACGGAGAUCACACCGGUGGAGCCUUCGCUGUUUUCCUCGAACGUUCACUUGGUGUCUUCAGUUCCUGCUUCGACCUCGUCGUCUUUUGUAUCAAUUCAGAGCUCGAUGAAUCCUACCAGUGACCAGUGGGUCGGACUUACUCCAGACGCACAAGGGAAGAAUAUGAUUGGAGAACUGUCUGUCGAUAUAGAUAAACUUGCCAUGCUGAUUAGGACUCCUCGACUUCGAUCGGCCGAGAAGGAAGAUUCGAAUUCCAAUGGAUCAAAGUCUGGCACGCCGAAGAGAUAUGUGCUAGGCACUAAGGGUAUGGUGGAGUCGGUGACACCGAGUAAGAACAAGAAGGCUACACUACAGAAAGCAUCGUGUGACGUGGAUAAACUCAUACAAUGGCCGAAGCACGUGACAGGUGUCAGUGACGACGACGGGCAACGGACGAAGAGUAAACCGGGUAAUGUAGUACGACGUCGUCUUACGUCGGAUCUCGGACCGAAUUGGAAGUUGGAGAGAAUGGACGGCCAGAAGCGUGCGACUAGUCAGAACGCACAGGCCAAGAUCAGACUAGUAAGUGAAAUCGAUCAUAUGGGUGAGGACGGCGAGUUCGACGUCGAUAAGGAAGUUGGGAAAUUGAGACCAAGCAGCAACGAACUACUACCUCGUCGUAACAGUACUACAAGCAUAUGUUCAGAUUCCACUGUUAUUGAUGAUGCACCUGCAGCAAAAUCUCAGGAAGCAGACGAGCAGCGUGCUUCAGUGAAUCUUGACGAAUCUGCAUCUAACGAACAGUCACAAACGAGUGUUCCAGAUACGGUCGACACUAAAAAGCCAACUAUGUCUAAGUCGGUUGCCAGUACAAAGAAACAAGGCGAUUACUAUAAAGUUCUGUGUCCUGUUACCGCAGAAAGUUGUCUGAACAUCAACUCGGUUAAAGAACCUGAACGGGUGAGGAUUGAUAGCGAAGUUACUAUGACCAAAGUAAAACCGGCGAGACCAAUGGACGGUAACCAAACGAAGGAUGCUAGUGAUACAGUGAAGAAGAGCCGUAAGAGACAGCGGGAAAGCGGCAAGAAGGACAGGAAGAAGGCUGCAGCGCAAGAGAAACAGGGCGGCGAUGGACAAGGGAAAGUGAAACGUCCCGUAGGACGACCUCCUUUUGUACAUAGAGAUGGACAGGCCGGUGUGAAGAAGAGAUCCGGUAGUGGUAAGAAUAAUAAGUCGAGAUCUGUGGGAAAGAGUGGAAGGGGUCGGCCAGCAAACUCUGCAAAACAAGCAUCGAAGAAGGUAAAGAAAGUGGCAGCUGAAAAUGGGUCGGAUUCGGUCGUUAGCUUGUCUACCAGAAUGGAGGUUGAGCUAGAGAAGAGCAGCGAGUACGCAGUAUCACUGGAUGAUGGAUGUCGUCCUCGGCUCCCUCGUGUAGCAAAGAGUAGAGAAUGUUCUGGUCUGCAGACGGGUACUUGUACACAACAGCGACUACUACAGUCGUGUAUGGAUUGUGUGAAGGCACUUCGACGUGGAACCGGUUUGAGAGGCGAACGAUGGUGUCGCUUCAUUCACUUCAGAAAACUGAAGAGAGAUGAGGAAGGUCAUUGGCUUUGUGAUGGAUUUGCUAAUCCAUUUUCGGUGUCGAGUGAAGACAUGGAGCCUUACCUGUUCAACGGUGCUGAGAAUUUGGACAAAGAGACGGCCAGUUACAUAAUCUCGUGUAUUCUUCCGACGUUUUGCGACUUGGUGGCCGAAGAAGAAUCCGUUCUGAAACGUCGUGGAAAGAAGUCUGCUGUUGCUUGGAAAAGGGCGUUUGUCGGAAUUCGCGAACUGUGCGACGUCUGUGUCACAACGAUUUUCAAUGUCCACUGGUUCUGCGAAUACUGUGGCUUCGUUGUAUGCAUCGACUGUCACCGGCUACGAAAUCGUCGUGAGAAUGGUUUGUUCCACAAAUGUCACAUCAAGUAUCGGGUCGAAAACGGCAAAGAUGAGAUUCUCAAAGUCGCUCAAACGUUUCCUAAAACCGUGUUGUGCGAUCUAAGCACGAGAGUUCACGAGGUUUGUAACUUACUGAAAAUCGAAAUGGUUCGUACGUGUCGCUGUGAGAAGGACUCACAAUCGGGUGACACGUCGGGUGGCUCGUUGAAAUUGGGAAAGAAAGGGAGACGACAAUCUAAGAACAGUCAAUCGGAGACAAAAGCGGAUAGUGUUAGUGAAAACGGCGAGACUCUCGUGAACGGAGACGUUCAGAAGAGAGCGUUGGACACGCGACCGUCAGAAAACGGAGUCAUCAUCGUCGUGGAAACGCCUGAAUCUGCCGUAGUGGUGGAGGAAGUAGCAACGGAGCCGGCGGCGUAUGCGGCGUAUCCUCAGUUGCCAGUCGACGUUCCUCAUCUUUGGUUGUGUGACGGGAAACUUCUGUUGCUGCUCAAGCCACAACACGUCAACAACCUGAAGGCGUUUCAUUUCUGCUGGAGAAUGGGAAAGCCGGUUGUGGUGGCGAAGGUGAAUACGAUGAUGUCGCCCGAUUUAUGGACACCGCAGUCGUUUGGCAGAGAUUUUGGCAAGGAUCACUGUGACAUGGUCAACUGCAGAAGCGGCUAUAUCAUCGAAGACUUACCGAUCGGCCAGUUCUGGAACGGCUUUGAAGAUCUCUCUGCUCGAAUGGUCGACGAUCAAGGCAAACCCAUGUUACUCAAGCUGAAGGAUUGGCCUCAUUCCGAUGAUUUGUCUGAUAUGAUGCCCAAUAGAUUUGAAGAUUUUAUGGAAAACGUUCCCUUACCGGAAUACACACGACGAGAUGGUCGGCUAAAUCUUGCAGCCAGACUUCCAGAUCGAAUUGUGAAGCCUGACUUAGGCCCUAAGAUGUACAAUGCAUAUGGCUCAGCAGCGUACCCGAAGGAAGGAACGACCAAUCUACAUCUCGACAUGUCUGAUGCAGUGAAUGUCAUGGUGUACGUUGGCAUUCCACGCUCAAGUGAGUCAUCAGUCGACGAGUCCGGAUGCUGUCAAGAAGAGAUCAAUGCAGCUGCAGCAGCGAUUGAAGAGUGCGACGAACUGACUCACGAACGACUAAGGAACGAUCUGUCAGCAAAAGUGGGCGCCUUGUGGCACAUCUUUGCUGCAGAGGAUGCACCGAAGAUUCGACAGUUGUUACUGAAAGUGAGUCGUGAGAGAGGCAUGGAGUGUGAGGCAGACAACGAUCCUAUACACGAUCAGUGUUUUUACUUGGACAAGGAACUUAGAGAGAGGUUGCGUAAAGAGUAUGGAGUAGAAGGGUGGGCUAUUGCUCAGUGCCUUGGCGAUGCUAUCUUUAUUCCUGCCGGCGCUCCACAUCAAGUCAGAAAUCUACAUAGUUGCAUAAAAAUAGCAGAAGAUUUUGUAUCACCAGAACAUUUAGCUCAUUGUCUCAUGUUGACUCACGAGUUUCGUCGACUGUCGGACACACAUACUAAUCACGAAGACAAAUUACAGAUCAAGAACAUUAUAUACCAUUCGGUGAAGGACUCGGUCGGAGUAUUACUGAGCGAACGAUAGCAGCAUCGCGACGGAUGCCGAUCCUCAUGUAAUCGCUUUAAUUCUUUAAUACAGACGGUACUAAAACUUGUUUAACUGGUAUACCUUUCAUCACUACAGACCUAUUGUACUGUUUGUUCUUAAUACAAUACUCAUGUUGGUUUGUACUGUAUAUAUACAUAGCGCUGUUGACUGCUGUUUCUUGACUUUACCGGUUGUAUGUACAAUAUUACAUGGUGAAUACAUAUUGUUGGCAGAUUA